CAACUAUCUCUCUCUCUCUCUCUAAAGUGUUUCUAUUCUUGGUACUCUCUCUCUCUCUAAAAACUGUUGGAAUUCUUUCCAUACUUGCAACAAAUGGAGUUGGAUAGCGUUCUCGAUUUUCUUCAUGAUAAGACCAUUUUGGUUACAGGCGCUACUGGUUUUCUUGCUAAAAUAUUUGUGGAGAAGAUACUUAGAGUUCAACCAAACGUGAACAAGUUAUAUCUUCUUGUGAGGGCUACUGACGCUAAAUCCGCUUUGCAACGCUUCAAUACAGAGGCAGUGGCAAAGGACUUGUUUAAGGUACUGAAAGAAAAGUAUGGUACAAAUCUUCAGUCUUUCUUGUCGAAAAAAGUUAUUCCGAUCGCCGGAGAUAUCACCUGUGAAAAUCUGGGAGUAAAAGAUUAUAAUUUGGUUGAAGAGAUGUUGGGAGAUAUUGAUGUUGUUGUCAAUGUAGCUGCCACCACCAACUUUGAUGAAAGAUAUGAUGUUGCUUUUGCUCUGAAUACCCUUGGAGCUAAAAAUGUUUUAAACUUUGCUGCCAAAUGUAUUAACAUAAAGUUGCUUCUCCAUGUAUCCACUGCUUAUGUCGCCGGUGAGACACCCGGGCUCAUACUAGAAACUCCACAUCAAAUGGGAGAGGCACUUAACUCCGCACCCGGGCUAAACAUCAACACAGAGAAGAAGAUCAUCGAAGAGAAACUAAAAGAACUUAGCUCUGAUGAAACAGCUACUGAUAAAUCUAUUACAUUGGCCAUGAAAGAUUUAGGCAUUCAAAGGGCAAAUAAAUUUGGAUGGCCGAAUACAUAUGUUUUUACAAAGGCAUUAGGAGAAAUGAUUCUUGGGCAGUUGAAAGGAAAUAUGCCGUUAGUCAUUCUUCGACCAACGAUCAUCACUAGCACGUAUAAAGAACCCUUCCCAGGUUGGAUCGAAGGCAUAAGGACUAUCGAUAGCUUGGCUAUUGGUUAUGGCAAGGGCCGGUUAGCAUGCUUCCUUGGUGAUCCCGAAUCAAUAAUUGAUGCGAUACCUGCAGACAUGGUGGUGAAUGCUAUGAUUGUAGCAAUGGCAGCUCAUGCAAAUCAACCAUGUGAAACAAUCUAUCAUGUUGGAUCUUCAGUAUCAAACCCAUUGAAGUACAAAUCAAUUCAAGAAAGUGGCUAUAAUUACUUUUCAAGGCACCCAUGGAUUAACAAAGAUGGCAAGCCAGUUAUAGUUGGCAAGAUUAAGGUGUUAAACUCUAUGGAUAGCUUUCAAAGAUACUUUUCUCUUCGUUACAUGCUUCCAUUACAGGGUUUGCAAGUUGUGAAUUCGGCGCUAUGUCAUGCUUUCAAUGGAACUUAUACAGAUCUUAAAAGAAAGACCAGUUUCGUGCUAAGGGUCGUGGAGUUAUACAAACCCUAUUUGUUCUCCAAAAGCUUCUAUGAUGAUAUGAAUACUGAAAAACUGCGUCAACUAGUUAGAAGUAAUGAUGUCGAAGCCAACAUGUUUUAUUUCGAUCCGAAGACAAUCAAAUGGGACGUUUAUUUCGAGCAUAUACACAUUCCGGGUGCUGUCAAACAUGUAUUUAAAUGAUUUUAGAGCUCACAACAACGAGUAAUUUCAUAUCUACCUACUAUUGUAUUUUUUAUGUGUCGUAAUUCGUAAAUUAUACUUUGCUUUAAUUGUAGCCAUUGAUCGGACGAUGGAAGUGUAAAAUUAAGAUACACUGAAGAAUAUGUUGUUGUAUCUAAUUUAUCUCAAAGUGUAUAUGUAUUGAGUUGUUAUGACUUGAUAUUUAUUUUAUUCAUUAGUGUGUUUAUUGUGGUA